AUGCCUCCGAUGCAUAACGGCGACGACGUCAUGGACCGGAGUAGCCUGCAGCCAGUCACUAAGGGGAUCCGUACCCUCAUUCCUGGCUUCUAUGUCCCAACAGUUUGCUUCUUUGAUCCUAGCACUGAGGACGUAGACCUCUCUGCGACAGCAAAGCAUGCAGUAAGACUGGCUGAGGCUGGCGUGACGGGCAUUACCGUCCACGGCUCUAACGGUGAGGCCAUACAUCUGUCCCCCGAGGAGCGGAAAUUGGUCACAGAAAAUACCCGCCAGGCUCUUGACAGCGCAGGCUACACUAGCAUGCCACUAAUGGUUGGCUGCAGUGCCCAGUCGACGCGCGAAACCAUCCAGCUCUGUUGCGAUGCAUAUGCAAGCGGGGGGGACUUUGCCCUUGUACUUGCUCCCUCGUAUUACCGGGGAUUGUUCGCAGCCGAUACGAUUAUGCAAUUCUUCACAGAUGUAGCUGACGCCUCUCCCGUCCCGAUCGUGAUAUACAACUACCCUGUUGCCGCUUCGGGGCUUGAUCUGGACUCGGACACCAUCAUCGCUCUUAGCAAGCAUCCCAAUAUCGUGGGGUGUAAGUUCACCUGUGGAAACACGGGCAAGCUCAACCGCGUUGCCACAGCCCAGCGAGCAAUGCACAAGAGCACUAAAAUGGCUAGUAUCAACAAUGGCAAUGCCAGCAGCAACACAUUCCUCUGCUUUGGAGGAUCCGGCGACUUUACGCUCCAGACCAUGAUCGGUGGGGGGUCCGGAAUCAUCGGGGGAAUUGCGAACCUGGCACCCAAGACAUGCAUGCUGCUGCUGAGCCUGUAUGCUGAUGGCAAGGUGGACGAGGCCCGUGAGGUGCAGGACAUCCUGUCCAGAGGCGACUGGGCUGCUAUCAAGAGCGGCGUGGUCGGCAUCAAGUCAGCAAUGCAGUCGCACUUUGGAUAUGGAGGAUAUGCGAGACGCCCUCUCCCACGGCCAACAAAAGAGACCAGGGACACGUAUAGCGCACAGUUCAAGGAGCUAGUUGACUUUGAGAGGGCGUUGUAG